CACACUUCCCUCCGAACCCCGUCCGCGCUGGGUCAGGCUGACCCGGCCCUCUUGCAUUCCUUCUAGAACCCAAGGGGGCCAUGGGCACCUCCAGGCUCUACACCCUGGUCCUGGUGCUGCAGCCUCAGCAAGUUCUCCUGGGGAUGAAGAAACGGGGCUUCGGGGCCGGCCGGUGGAAUGGCUUCGGGGGCAAAGUUGAAGAAGGAGAGACCAUUGAGGAUGCGGCCAAGAGGGAGCUGCAGGAAGAGAGCGGUCUGACCGUGGACACACUGACCAAGAUGGGCCACAUUGUGUUUGAGUUUGUGGGCGAGCCGGAGCUGAUGGACGUGCACAUCUUCUGCACAGACAGCAUCCAUGGGACACCCACGGAGAGCGACGAAAUGCGGCCUCGAUGGUUCCCACUGGACCAAAUCCCCUUCGCUGACAUGUGGCCAGAUGACCACUACUGGUUUCCCCUCCUGCUUCAGAAGAAGCGGUUCCACGGGUACUUCCUGUUCCAGGGUCACGACACCAUCGUGCACUACACACUGCGCGAGGUGGACCACAUGUAGAGGCAGAACCGCCACCAGCACCCCCACUCCCCUGCGUGAGGCGGACCACGUGCACAGGCGGAACCGCCAUCAGCACCCCCACUCCCCUGCGUGAGGCGGACCACGUGCACAGGCAGAACCGCCCCACCUCCACCCGAGAGAGAACCAGCUGCCGGACAGGCCCCCUGUUCGGCUCCCAAGCCCCGAAACACAGCCUAGGUCUUUUAAGUUUGUAACAUGAUCGGAUGGAAAGGAAAAUAAAUACCAUUUUUACCUUUUCAA